AUGGAUGCUGAACUUCCAAAAGCAGAGCAUCGUAUGUGUGCAAGACAUAUCUAUGCUAAUUGGAAGAAACAAGGUUUUUCGAGAUCAGAGUACAAGAACUUAUUCUGGGGAGUUGCCUACAGCUACACAGAAGGAGAGUAUGAUGAGAACAUGGAGAAGGUUAAGGCCUAUGAUCCUUCUGCGUAUGAUGCUCUGCUAGUCACGGAACCUCAUAGGUGGUGUAGUGCAUUCUUCAGUGAAGAGUCUCAUUGUGCUGAUGUUCACAAUAAUCUGUCUGAAAGUUUCAAUAGAACCAUUAAGAUUGCUAGAUCAAUGCCUGUAAUCAAUAUGCUGGAGGAGGUAAGAAGACAAGCAAUGAGAAGAGUAUCUAGAAGGUUUCUUAAAGCAGAAAGGUGUGACACAAUUGUGACACCGAUCACAAUGAGAUUAUUGGAGAAAUCAAGGCUUGCUGCUGCUUACUGCUCGACAACAAGAAGCAGCAAAAGUUUGUAUGAGGUGCGAGAGUAUAACGACAGCUAUGCUGUGAAUAUAUCCACUCACCAGUGUGCCUGCCGCAAAUGGGAUCUCACAGGUAUACCAUGCAAACAUGCGAUCUGCGUUUUGGAUGAUAACCAAGACGAUCCAGUGAGAUAUGUCCCGAAUUAUUACUACGCAUCUGUUAUGAAGAAGACAUAUGACGAUAACAUCAAACCUGUGAAUGGUGAGAAGAUGUGGAAGAGGACGCAUAAGCCUCCAGUAGGCAUUCCUGAGAUGCGGAAACAGAGAGGUCGUCCAAAGAAUCGGGACAGAAGAAAGGAGCCAUUUGAGGAUCUACAAAAUGCAGGCAAGUCAACAAGACAUGGACGAAUCCCACAUUGUAGCCGAUGCAAGGAAGCUGGACAUAUCAAGAGUGGCUGCAAGAACGAAGAAGUUGUCUUCUAUGGACCAAAAAACAGACGUGGUCGACCACGUAAAUUUCCAAGUGAUGACACUCCUAAACCACCGUCAAAGCCUAGAAAGCGAAAAGCUCCCAACAAUGCAAGUUCCUCUCAGCCUUUACCUGUAGCAGCGAGUGGUGAAGCUGAAGUAAGUUCUAGUGCUCCUCAGCCUUCGGUGUCCACGAAGCAAGUCAAACCACAUGUCAAGAAGGCUGCGAGGGGUAAACAGCUCAAGGUAAAGAAAACCAUACCAGUGCCGUAUGGAGUUGGAACAUUCUGGAGUCCAUACACUAAUCGCCCUUUCGAGGUGUUUGGAGACCGUGUCCAUGAUAGGAGUGGCUUUGAUCAGCAGCCUCCACAAGAACCAACCUUGCAGCCUCAACAAGCUCCAAAUAUGCAGUCUCCACAAGACCCAAGCUUGCAGCCAACAGAAGAUGGAAACACUUGA